CAGCGCGUGAGAGCAGAAGCGUCCGACUCGGCUCGGAGGGAGAGCAGCGGAGGAGCUCAGAUUAGUGUUGUUGUAGCGGAAAAUAAAAUACCUUCGCUGCAGUUUCACACGCUGCGACCUCUGGAUUUAAAAGCCCACCGCGGUUUCCUCUCAUGUUUGACCGAGAGGAAGGAGGGAUAUAAACAGGGUUUGUGUACGUGUGUGUGUACUCUCACUGCGAGAAGUUUUGAACGCGGAGUUGUGAAGAGUCGUUUUCGGCUGGGCUGACCGAGCUGCCCGCUGCGCUUCCCUCCUGCCACCGGCCGCCCAGCCGUAAGCUACCCGCCGCUGUCCUGCUCUUCCUCCAGCAGCGGCCGGAAUCAUGGCACUCAAAGCCCGGGCGCUGUACGACUUCAACUCGGAGAACCCCGGGGAGGUGUCGGUGAGGGAGAACGAGGUCCUGACUCUGUACAGCGAGCAGGACAUCGACGGCUGGUUUGAGGGGUCGAACAGCCGAGGGGAGAGGGGGCUGUUCCCCGCGUCCUAUGUGGAGGUCCUGCGGAACAACGUCGCCUCCGCGCUCAUCAACAACAGCAGCGCCGGCGGCGGCACAUCUGGGGACUCCCGGUACGCGAACGUCCCGCCGGGAGGUUUUGACGGCUCCAACAAGCCUGAGAAUAAAGUCGAGAACUUUUCCAAACCGCUUGCGCCCAGUUUUGCCGCUUUCUCGGGCCCCACGCAGCAGCAGCAGCCCACUUACCAGCAGCCCAGCCAGGGGAGCGACGAUGACUGGGACGAUGACUGGGACGACAGCUCGACCGUUGCAGACGAGCCGGGGACUGUGGGAGGAAGGUAUCAUGACUUUGAGGGCAACGGGCCGUCCACUUACAGGGUGUCAACAUCCUCCAUGUCGAGAGGUAACGCACAGCAAGCGAAAAGCUCCGCCACGGUCAGCAGGAACCUGAACCGGUUCUCGACCUUCGUGAAGUCCGGAGGGGAGGCGUUCGUGCUCGGGGAGGCUUCGGGCUUCGUGAAGGAUGGGGACAAGAUCUGCGUGGUGCUGGGCCAGCAUGGCCCCGAGUGGCAGGAGAACCCGUACCCGUUCGCAUGCACAAUCGACGACCCCACCAAGCAGACCAAGUUCAAGGGCAUGAAGAGCUACAUCUCCUACAAGCUGACGCCCACGCACACGCAGACCCAGGUGAACCGGAGGUACAAGCACUUCGACUGGCUGUAUGCGCGGCUGGUGGAGAAGUUCCCCGUCAUCUCGGUGCCGCACAUCCCGGAGAAGCAGGCCACGGGCCGCUUCGAGGAGGACUUCAUCUCCAAGCGCAGGAAGGGCCUCACGUGGUGGAUGAACCACAUGACGAGCCACCCGGUGCUGGCGCGGUGUGACGUCUUCCAGCACUUCCUCAGCUGCAACAGCGCGGACGAGAAGGCCUGGAAGCAGGGCAAGAGGAAGGCGGAGAAGGACGAGAUGGUCGGUGCCAACUUCUUCCUCACCAUCAGCACCCCCGCGGCGCCGCUCGACUUCCAGGAGGUCGAGAGCAAGAUCGAUGGGUUCAAGAGCUUCACCAAGCGGAUGGACGACGGCGCGCUGCAGCUCAGUGCCACCGCCAAUGAGUUCGCCCGCAAGCAGAUCACCGGCUUCAGGAAGGAGUACCAGAAGGUGGGCCUGUCGUUCAAGGUGCUCGGCCAAGCCUUCGAAAUGGACCAGCAGGCGUACUCCGCCGGGCUCAACCAGGCCAUCUCGUUCACCGGCGACGCGUACGAGGCCAUCGGGGAGUAUUUCGCCGAGCAGCCCAGCAAGGACCUCGACCCCAUCAUGGAUUUGUUAGCUCUCUAUCAAGGACACCUGGCGAACUACCCUGACAUCAUCCAUGUGCAGAAAGGAGCCCUGACGAAGGUGAAAGAGAGCCAGAAGCACGUGGAGGAGGGAAAGAUGGACCGGGCGCAGGCGGACGGCAUCGACGAGCGCUGCAACAUCAUCUCCUGCGCCACGCUGGCCGAGAUCCAGCACUUCCACCAGAUCCGCGUGCGCGACUUCAAGGCACAGAUGCAGCACUACUUGCAGCAGCAGAUCGCCUUCUUCCAAAAAAUCACCGGCAAGCUAGAGGAGGCCCUGCAGAAAUACGACGACGCGUAACAGGGAGCGCUUCUUUCGCCCUCCUAAGACCUCGGCGAUCGAUGGAUGGCCGUGCACCCGCCCCUCUGGCGGCCAGUGGAGUUUUUGGGCAAACAACCGCCAGUACCACAUACUGGUGAACGCCGUUCAAACCAGCCGUCAAGGGGAUGACGUUCCAGUAAUAUUGACAUUCCAACCCAAAUCCAGGUUGUUUGUUGGCCACAUUAUUUUAGGUGGGAGGGCACUGGAUGUUCUUGUUUCAGAGAAGACGUGUCAUUUAAUGAAGUCAGGCCAACUUGUAACACAAAAAACAGAUGUAAUGAGAACCAAUGGUGAUGAUGGUGCGCAUCUUGGUCUGGCGGGUUUGGGGAAUUAAAUCCAUUCAACGUUAAGAGCCUUGUAUCUGCGUUUUUAACAGCCUUACAACACUGUUUUGGUUGUUUCUUUGAAACCGACUGAAACUCCAGGAGUAGCGCUUGCUCCAGUGGGCUAAAACGCUGCCUUCUGGAAAAACACUCGAGCACUUCCUGGUAUCUCUCUCCGUGGACAAACAGGGACAAACUGUUUACAAUCUCCUCCCCCCUCCCGCGGAGCCGCCACCGUCACCACUGUCUCGCUGUGCCUUCUGAUUACGUCACUCCGGUCAUUUGUGUUUUACUAGUUACUAAAAAGCUUUAUAUACUGUAAGUUUUGAAAUAUGUUCUAUUUGUUUUUACAAAGCUACACAUUUUGCAGGCUUAGAAGAAAUACAACAAAAAAGACCACUGUACUUUGUAUGAGGGCUGUGUCUUUCACCCCCCCCCCAGGAUUGAUUUUUAACACUCAAAGUGGACUAAAUCAGGAUCAAGAGAGGAUUACCUGCUUUGACAAUAGGAGCCCGUCGCCUUACAUGUUGCACAGCCAGCACCGGUGCUUAUUAAAGUGACGGGUACGAUGGACACUCGCGGUGCCGGAUACCUGAAUUUGUGUCGACACAACGUGUUUUUUUUCAGGCUUAGGUUUUGGGGUAGUGUUACAGAGGCAGGCUGUUAUAACAAUGCCGUCUUUUUAAUAGCACACUUCUAGACAGCACUGCUGUUUGUUUUUUUUAACCUUCGUGAUGUUGGUUGCAUCAUGAAAAUAUCAAUAUAGAAGCAGAGAAAAUAAAUCCCUCCUUCACAGAAA